GUUGAGAGCAAGCAAAGCUAGCUAUAGAUCCGAAAUAACCCAAAUCCAAAUUAGCUGAAAAGAGAAAGUAAUAUGCUGAUGGGGUCAUUCAAUUCUCGAGAAGAAGAUCAAGGAGAAGAAGAAUUAGAAGCGGCGGCCACUAAUAUACGAGAUCUGGAAAUAUACCACCGCCAGCAUCAGCAUCAGCAUCAGCAUCAGCAGCAGCCUAUUAUAUCCUCAAUAUCCGCAGAUCGUAUUGAUUUAACCGCACCACCACCACCAGCAGUUGCUCCUCCGCCAUUACCAAAUGCGGCACUUCACAUCCGCCAAUUACUCAUCCGCUGCGCCGACCUCAUUUCUCACUCGGACUCCGCCGCCGCUCACCGCCUUCUCUCCGUCUUGUCCGCCAACUCCUCCCCUUUCGGCGACGCCACCGAGCGCCUCGUCCACCACUUCUCCAGAGCCCUCUUCCACCGCCUCAACAACACCACCACCAUAACUAGUACUACAUAUUCUUCAAUACUAAGACCGGAUGUUCAUGAUACAGUCGAAGCAGAGUCUGACAUUGAGGCAGUGCAUUCCUCAUACCUAACCCUAAACCAGAUAACUCCAUUCAUAAGGUUCUGCCAUCUGACUGCCAACCAAGCCAUCCUUGACGCCAUUGACGACGGACAACAAGCCCUCCACAUCCUGGACUUGGACAUAAUGCACGGCCUUCAAUGGCCUCCCUUUAUGCAGGCCCUCGCCGACCGCCCUUCUCCUCCGUUCCUCCGCGUCACCGCCACCGGCACCGACUUAUCCCUUCUCCGCAGAACCGGGGACCGCCUUCUCCGAUUCGCCAACUCCCUCGGCCUCCGCUUCCAAUUCCACCCUCUCCACCACCAUCACGACCACGAUCUCCCUCUCCUCCUCUCCUCCUCCGCUUUAGUCCUCUUCCCCGACGAAGCCCUCGCCGUCAACUGCGUCCUCUUCCUCCACCGUCUCCUCCGCUUCAGCGACCAACAACGCAAUCUGGUAAUCCUCAGCUUCCUCAAUACCAUCAAGGCUCUGAAUCCGAAGGUGGUGACCAUCGCCGAGCGAGAGGCCAACCUCAACAGCCACAUCCCCGCCCUCUUCAUGCCGACUUUCGUGGAGGCCUUGGACCACUACACCGCCAUAUUCGACUCCCUCGAGGCCACGCUUCCUCCGAGCAGCCGCGACCGCCUCGCCGUCGAGCAGAUUUGGCUGGCCUCCGAGAUUCUGGAAGUCGUGGCAGGAGGAGCGGAAGAUAACAACAAUAUUGAAGAUGAAAGGCGGCGGCGGAAAGCCCAGAGGUACGAGGCGUGGGAGGUGAUGCUGGGGAGAUCGGGGUUUUCGAAUGUUGCGUUGAGUCCGUUCGCCCUUUCUCAGGCAAAGCUUCUCCUCCGUCUCCAUUAUCCUUCUGAGGGUUAUCGGCUUCGCAUCCUCAACAGUUCUUUUUUCCUUGGUUGGCAGAAUCGUCCUCUUUUCUCAGUAUCUUCCUGGCACUGA